ACCUUCAAAAUCAGGAAAACAAUUUAAAUUUUAAACCCCCUCUCAGAGAAUCUCGCCCAAUCGAAACCCUCCCACAAUGGCGCUUCGGAAAUUGAUCUCCAAGCGUCUCUUUCUCGGCCGAUCCCCCUCGCCGGCCGUCGAGCAAUCCGCCAAACCCAACCCCGCCAAACAAGCCCUUCUCCGGGACUCCUCUCCCUCCGCCGCCGCAGACGGAGGACCCAAUUCCAAUUCCAGGCGAUUCAUUCACCGGGCGGCGCUGAGAAACCACUUGCCGGAGUUCCUCUCCUUGCCCGUCGGAGAGAGGCUGAGGGAGAAGCUCCGCCUCGUCAACGUCUCCGACGACCGGCUCCACCUGACCGGACUCAAUCAUCCUCCGCCGCCGCCGCCGUCGCCGCCGGCGAAAUCAACGAGCAGUGCGCACCUCGGAGUUUCGAUUGAGGAGGCGAGGAAGAUCUUGAGGCUCGCUCAGAUGCAGAAGCUGAAAGCCAGGCUGAGGGAGAUUCCGACGAGCUCGAUCCCUUUCCCGGAUUUCGCCCAGAUCUGCAAUCAGGAAUGCGGGAACGAAGAGCAAGGCGCCGAGUUCGCCAAAACGCUAGAUCAGUCUGGAAACGUCAUCGUUUUGGGCAACACCGUCUUCCUCAGACCCGAGCAGGUAGCGAAAUCGAUGGAAAGCGUAAUAUCGCAAUCAAUUGGGAUCCCGAACGACCCGAGGAGGGGAUUGCUAGAGGAGAUGGAGAAGCAGAAGGCCGCGAUCGACGAAAAGGCCAGAGCCCAAGUCCGGACAGAGCUGUACUGUGGGCUGGGCUUUUUGACGGCCCAGACGCUGGGGUUCAUGAGGCUGACGUUCUGGGAGCUGAGCUGGGACGUGAUGGAGCCCAUUUGCUUCUUCGCUGCCUCGGUCCAUUUCGGGCUGGCCUACGCUUUCUUCCUGAGGACGUCCACGGAGCCCACUUUCGAAGGGUAUUUCAGGAGGAGGUUUCAGGCCAAGCAGAAGAAGCUGAUGAAGGUCUAUGGGUUUGAUCUGGAGAAAUAUGACCAGCUCUGUAGGGAGUUGAACCAUUCGAGUUGUGGGUAUUAUGGGAAUUUUGCGUCGAGGAACUGGAAGCAUGAAGAAGAGCUUUGUGGGGUGGCAUGACCUUAGAGAGAAAAACGUAUUUGGAAUUAGACAAAUAAUGGAAGUAGAAGAUAGUGACGAAAAUGGACGAUUAGAGUAUGGGAAGUACUGGAGUAGUGGAGUUAAGAAAGGUCGUUUUUUUUUUCUGGGGAAUUUUAUCCUGGUCUUUGUAAAUUGAUGGACUUUUUUCUUCUUAACAUCCAGCUCAAAUUCGGGUGAAUUAGACUCAAGUUGUCUAAACCUGGAUGAUUAAAAUAGUGCUUUAUCAAUCAUAACAGGAAACGUAAUACAAUACAUGUUAUAUC